UUUUUCGGUCUUUUUGUUGUUUUUUUUUUGGGUCGUGUCCCCAAAAGCGCCAAAACCCGCCAUCACAGAGCUCUGCAAAAACCCUUCUGCUACUCCGGAAAAGGACCAAAACCCACCACGAGCCUCUGUCGCUGACUGUUUGCACACGAAAAUGCAGGACUUUCUGGACAUGUCUCUUGACGACCUCAUCGCGAAGAACAAGAAACCCGGGGGCUACAAUCGCAAUGCCAACUUUAGGCCCAAAGACCGAGACCGAACCGCCCGAGUCGCUGGGUCAGGACCGGAUCGUCGCUUCUUGAACCGCCUCUCGGCCAGGACCACGCCGUACUCUCUCAUACAGGAGAAAGUGGUUCUGAGCGGAGGAGGGUCUAAGGCGCAGGAGGGCACCAAAUUGUACAUUUCGAACUUGAAUUCUGAUGUCUCUAAUGAUGAUCUCGAGAUUCUCUUCUCUGAUGUUGGUGAAGUGAUGCAGAAUACAAUCCAUUAUGAUAAGAAUGGAAAAUCAAAGGGAACAGCAGAAGUUGUCUUUGUACACUACUUGGAUGCUCUUGCAGCUAUCAAGAGGUACGACACUGUUCGUCUCGAUGGAAAACCACUGAAAAUUGAACUUGUUGGAGUGAAUGUGGUUACUCCACAUGCUCUUCCACCAACUGGAGAUGGGAUCUUGGGAAAACCUAUUAGCGCCUUCAAAAGGGGACCUGGACAUGGACAUGGACAUGGAAAGAUGGACAUUAUGAGCUUGCUUCAUGGCAAUAAUGGCAGCGGCCGUGGGCGCUCCAGGGGUCCUCAACUGGGAAGAAUCCAUAAUGAGAACAAAGUAACGGCUGAAGACCUUGAUGCUGAAUUGGAGAAAUACCGCCUUGAAGCUUUGCAAAUAAAGUGAAUGUCGAUAAAUUUGAAAUCGUAUUCGAAAACCCUUUUUGUACAGUUACACAUUGCUUGGAUAGUGCUACUUCCUAGCACGUAGUCAUUGGUUUUCCUUGACGGCUGUUAAGACGGAAAUAUAGUAGGAUAUAAACUUAUGCACUUACAAUUCUAGUUGCUCUUGUGAAUCUCAACAAUGUAAUUUUGUGACUGACCAGUUCAGAGUGGGGAAACAGACAGUAGGACAGAUAGCUCGUUCGUUUUCUUUUUGAAUUCUGAAGUCUAUUACAUGUACUUUUUUUUUCUCCUAUUCUA